GGAGCGUGUCCAUGGAGAAGGGUCCGGUGCGGGCGACCGCGGAGAAGCCGCCGGGCGCCAGGUGCAGCAAUGGGUUUCCAGAUAGGGAGCGGCCGCGGCCGGGGCCGAGCCGGCCGGCGGAGAAGUCCCCACGACCCGAGGCCAAGAGCGCGGACAGCUGGAAGGAGGAGCGGACGCGCAGCGAGGAGGAUAACGAGCUCAACCUUCCCACCCUGGCGGCCGCCUACUCGUCCAUCCUGCGCUCGCUGGGCGAGGACCCCCAGAGGCAGGGGCUGCUCAAGACGCCCUGGAGGGCGGCUAUGGCCAUGCAGUUCUUCACCAAAGGUUACCAGGAGACCAUCUCAGAUGUCCUAAAUGAUGCUAUAUUUGAUGAAGAUCAUGAUGAGAUGGUGAUUGUGAAGGACAUAGACAUGUUUUCCAUGUGUGAACAUCAUCUAGUACCAUUUGUUGGGAAGGUCCAUAUUGGUUAUCUUCCUAACAAGCAAGUCCUUGGCCUCAGUAAGCUUGCGAGGAUUGUAGAAAUCUAUAGUAGAAGAUUACAAGUUCAGGAACGCCUUACAAAACAAAUUGCUGUGGCCAUCACAGAAGCCUUGCGACCUGCUGGAGUUGGAGUGGUGGUUGAAGCAACACACAUGUGUAUGGUAAUGCGAGGGGUACAGAAAAUGAACAGCAAAACUGUGACCAGCACGAUGCUGGGUGUGUUCCGGGAAGACCCAAAGACUCGGGAGGAGUUUCUAACUCUCAUUAGGAGCUGAACUGCAGGCUGUGCUGUGUGCUUUGCAGAUCCUACUGCUAGAGGCAUUUUGUGUCUGGUACAUUCCAUUUUCAAUUGUUACAAAUGUGAACUUUAUUCCUUGUCAUUAAUUUUGUAUAAAACUUAUUUAUAACAGGUCAA